CCCAAAACUACAAUGGCUUGGAUAGCUCGACUCCCGCUGUUAGUUCUGGUUGCGCUGAGCACCCAGAGUAUCAUUGUUCACGGUCAAGACAGCCACCCAUGGAAAGAUACGAGAACGACAGAGUUAUUCUUCGAAAAUUUUGUUGAAUGCAUUAGACAGUCAAACUACUUUAAUAGCGAAGAUAUAGAAAGCAUUAAAGUUCUUGCUGAAACUCUGAUUCAGUCUUUAAAUGGAAUGCAAGCAAAAGGAAAAACAUCACACCAAGUGCUACAAGCUCUGAACAUGGGUUAUGCUGCAGGUGUGGCAGAAUUAGUGAAUUCAGAUGGCUCCAAUCUUCAAGAAAAACGAAAUGCCAUUAGGGAAGCUAUGAAGAAAUCACUGUUACAAGCGACAGGCGUAGUUAAUGAGAGUUUUAUGAAUGAAAUGGACACAUUAAUGCAAAUGUUUUCUCAGAUAAAUGGAUUGAGUGACGAUUCAGGAGGCGCCGGAUAUGGUGGACAAGGAGGUUCAGGACAAGGCGGAGCAGCUGCUACAGCAGCAGCAUCAGGCGGACCAGGAGGCUACGGUAGAUACGGUCAACAAGGUGCAGGUGGAUAUGGUCAAGGAGGAAUGGGAUCAGGAGAGGCAGGCGCAGCAGCUGCUGCAGCUUCGUCAGGUGUAGGUCCUGGACUCGCUGGUUAUGGUGGUGACGGAUAUGGAGGACAAGGAGGAUCAGGCAGUGCAGCUGCAGCAGCAGCAGCAUCAGGUGGACGAGGAGGAGGAGGAAGAUACGGUCCACAAGGUGCAGGUGGCUAUGGUCAAGGAGGAAGCGGAGCAGGUGGAGCAGGAGCCGCAGCUGCUGCAGCUUCGUCAGGUGAAGUUCCAGGAGGUGCUGGAUAUGGUGGACAAGGAGGUUCAAGAGCAGGCGGAGCAGCUGCAGCAGCAGCAGCAUCAGGAGGACCAGGAGGCUACGGGAGAUACGGUCAACAAGGUGCAGGUGGCUAUGGUCAAGGUGGAAUCGGAUCAGGAGGGGCAGGCACAGCAGCUGCUGCAGCUUCGUCAGGUGUAGGUCCUGGACUCGCAGGUUAUGGUUUUGACGGAUAUGGAGGACAAGAAGGAUCAGGAUCAGGCAGUGCAGCUGCAGCAUCAGCAGCAUCAGGUGGACGAGGAGGAGGAGGCAGAUACGGUCCACAGGGUGCAGGUGGCUAUGGUGAAGGAGGAAGCGGGGCAGGUGGAGCAGGAGCCGCAGCUGCUGCAGCUUCGUCAGGUGAGGGUCCCGGAGGCGCCGGAUAUGGUGCACAAGGAGGUUCAGGACCAGGCGGAGCAGCUGCAGCAGCAGCAGCAUCAGGCGGACCAGGAGGCUACGGAAGAUACGGUCAACAAGGUGCAGAUGGGUAUGGUCAAGGAGGAAUCGGAUCAGGAGGGGCAGGCGCAGCAGCUGCUGCAGCGUUGUCAGGUGUAGGUCCUGGACUCGCUGGUUAUGGUGGUGACGGAUAUGGAGGACAAGGAGGAUCAGGAUCAGGCAGUGCAGCUGCAGCAGCAGCAGCAGCAGGUGGACGAGGAGGAGGAGGAGGAAGAUACGGUCCACAAGGUGUAGGUGGCUAUGGUCAAGGAGGAAGCGGAGCAGGUGUAGCAGGAGCCGCAGCUGCGUCAGGUGAGGGUCCCGGAGGCGCCGGAUAUGGUGGACAAGGAGGCUCAGGAGCAGGCGGAGCAGCUGCAGCAGCAGCAGCAUCAGGCGGACCAGAAGGCUACGGAAGAUACGGUCAACAAGGUGCAGGUGGCUAUGGUCAAGGAGGAAUCGGAUCAGGAGGGGCAGGCGCAGCAGCUGCUGCAGCUUCGUCAGGUGUAGGUCCUGGACUCGCUGGUUAUGGUGGUGACGGAUAUGGAGGACAAGGAGGAUCAGGAUCAGGCAGUGCAGCUGCAGCAGCAGCAGCAUCAGGUGGACGAGGAGGAGGAGGAAGAUACGGUCCAAAAGGUGCAGGUGGCUAUGGUCAAGGAGGAAGCGGAGCAGGUGGAGCAGGAGCCGCAGCUGCUGCAGCUUCGUCAGGUGAAGUUCCAGGAGGUGCUGGAUAUGGUGGACAAGGAGGUUCAAGAGCAGGCGGAGCAGCUGCAGCAGCAGCAGCAUCAGGAGGACCAGGAGGCUACGGGAGAUACGGUCAACAAGGUGCAGGUGGCUAUGGUCAAGGUGGAAUCGGAUCAGGAGGGGCAGGCACAGCAGCUGCUGCAGCUUCGUCAGGUGUAGGUCCUGGACUCGCAGGUUAUGGUUUUGACGGAUAUGGAGGACAAGAAGGAUCAGGAUCAGGCAGUGCAGCUGCAGCAUCAGCAGCAUCAGGUGGACGAGGAGGAGGAGGCAGAUACGGUCCACAGGGUGCAGGUGGCUAUGGUGAAGGAGGAAGCGGGGCAGGUGGAGCAGGAGCCGCAGCUGCUGCAGCUUCGUCAGGUGAGGGUCCCGGAGGCGCCGGAUAUGGUGGACAAGGAGGUUCAGGACCAGGCGGAGCAGCUGCAGCAGCAGCAGCAUCAGGCGGACCAGGAGGCUACGGAAGAUACGGUCAACAAGGUGCAGAUGACUAUGGUCAAGGAGGAAUCGGAUCAAGAGGGGCAGGCGCAGCAGCUGCUGCAGCUUCGUCAGGUGUAGGUCCUGGACUCGCUGGUUAUGAUGUUGACGGAUAUGGAGGACAAGGAGGAUCAGGAUCAGGCAGUGCAGCUGCAGCAGCAGCAGCAGCAGGUGGACGAGGAGGAGGAGGAGGAAGAUACGGUCCACAAGGUGUAGGUGGCUAUGGUCAAGGAGGAAGCGGAGCAGGUGUAGCAGGAGCCGCAGCUGCGUCAGGUGAGGGUCCCGGAGGCGCCGGAUAUGGUGGACAAGGAGGCUCAGGAGCAGGCGGAGCAGCUGCAGCAGCAGCAGCAUCAGGCGGACCAGAAGGCUACGGAAGAUACGGUCAACAAGGUGCAGGUGGCUAUGGUCAAGGAGGAAUCGGAUCAGGAGGGGCAGGCGCAGCAGCUGCUGCAGCUUCGUCAGGUGUAGGUCCUGGACUCGCUGGUUAUGGUGGUGACGGAUAUGGAGGACAAGGAGGAUCAGGAUCAGGCAGUGCAGCUGCAGCAGCAGCAGCAUCAGGUGGACGAGGAGGAGGAGGAAGAUACGGUCCACAAGGUGCAGGUGGCUAUGGUCAAGGAGGAAGCGGUGCAGGUGGAGCAGGAGCCGCAGCUGCUGCAGCUUCGUCAGGUGAAGUUCCAGGAGGUGCUGGAUAUGGUGGACAAGGAGGUUCAAGAGCAGGCGGAGCAGCUGCAGCAGCAGCAGCAUCAGGAGGACCAGGAGGCUACGGGAGAUACGGUCAACAAGGUGCAGGUGGCUAUGGUCAAGGUGGAAUCGGAUCAGGAGGGGCAGGCACAGCAGCUGCUGCAGCUUCGUCAGGUGUAGGUCCUGGACUCGCAGGUUAUGGUUUUGACGGAUAUGGAGGACAAGAAGGAUCAGGAUCAGGCAGUGCAGCUGCAGCCUCAGCAGCAUCAGGUGGACGAGGACGAGGAGGAAGCUACGGUCCACAAGGUGCAGGUGGCUAUGGUCAAGGAGGAAGCGGGGCAGGUGGAGCAGGAGCCGCAGCUGCUGCAGCUUCGUCAGGUGAGGGUCCCGGAGGCGCCGGAUAUGGUGCACAAGGAGGUUCAGGACCAGGCGGAGCAGCUGCAGCAGCAGCAGCAUCAGGCGGACCAGGAGGCUACGGAAGAUACGGUCAACAAGGUGCAGAUGGGUAUGGUCAAGGAGGAAUCGGAUCAGGAGGGGCAGGCGCAGCAGCUGCUGCAGCGUUGUCAGGUGUAGGUCCUGGACUCGCUGGUUAUGGUGGUGACGGAUAUGGAGGACAAGGAGGAUCAGGAUCAGGCAGUGCAGCUGCAGCAGCAGCAGCAUCAGGUGGACGAGGAGGAGGAGGAAGAUACGGUCCACAAGGUGUAGGUGGCUAUGGUCAAGGAGGAAGCGGAGCAGGUGUAGCAGGAGCCGCAGCUGCGUCAGGUGAGGGUCCCGGAGGCGCCGGAUAUGGUGGACAAGGAGGUUCAGGAGCAGGCGGAGCAGCUGCGGCAGCAUCAGGCGGACCAGGAGGCUAUGGAAGAUACGGUCAACAAGGUGCAGGUGGCUAUGGUCAAGGAGGAAUCGGAUCAGGAGGGGCAGGCGCAGCAGCUGCUGCAGCUUCGUCAGGUGUAGGUCCUGGACUCGCUGGUUAUGGUGGUGACGGAUAUGGAGGACAAGGAGGAUCAGGAUCAGGCAGUGCAGCUGCAGCAGCAGCAGCAUCAGGUGGACGAGGAGGAGGAGGAAGAUACGGUCCAAAAGGUGCAGGUGGCUAUGGUCAAGGAGGAAGCGGAGCAGGUGGAGCAGGAGCCGCAGCUGCUGCAGCUUCGUCAGGUGAAGGUCCAGGAGGCGCCGGAUAUGGUGGACAAGGAGGUUCAGGACCAGGCGGAGCAGCUGCAGCAGCAGCAACAUCGGGCGGACCAGGAGGCUACGGUAGAUACGGUCAACAAGGUGCAGGUGGUUAUGGUCAAGGAGGAAGCGGAGCAGGUGGAGCAGGAGCCGCAGCUGCUGCAGCGUCGUCAGGUGAAGGUAACGGAGGCACUGGUUAUGGUGGUGACGGAUAUGGUGGACUGCGAGGAUCAGGAUUAGGCGGUGCAGCUGCAGCAGCAGCAGCAUCAGGAGGACGAGGAGGAGACGGCAGAUACGGUCCAAUAGGAUCGGGUUUCUAUGGUCGAAGAGGAAGUGGAUCAGGAGGGGCAGGAGCCGCAGCUGCUGCAGGGUCGUCAGGUGCAGGUCCCGGAGGCUUCGGUUAUGGUGGUGACGGAUAUGGAGGACAAGGAGGAUCAGGAUCAGGCAGUGCAGCUACAGCAGCAGCAGCAUCAGGUGGACGAGGAGGAGGAGGAAGAUACGGUCCACAAGGUUCAGGUGGCUAUGGGCAGGGAGGAAGCGGAGUAGGUGGAGCAGGAGCUACAGCUGCUGCGGCUGCGUCAGGUGAAGGACCAGGAGGCGCCGGAUAUGGUGGUGACGGAUAUAGUGGACAAGGAGGAUCAGGAGAAGACGGAACAGCAUCCGCUGCAGCAUCAGCCAGUGGAAUUGGAGGACCUGGGGGAUUACGUGGGCGAAAGGAAAUCAUUAAAAAAAUUAUCGUACAUAGAAGAGUUGGUUCUGAAUCUGACGCAGAAGCAUCAGUAAUAGAAGAAAAUGGAUAUGGUGGACAAGGAGGUUCAGGACCAGGCGCAGCAGCUGCAGCAGCAUCAGGCGGACAAGGAGGAGGUGGAAUAUACGGUUCACAAGGUGCAGGUGGCUAUGGUCAAGGACGUAGCGGAUCAGGAGGGGCAGGCGCAGCAGCUGCUGCAGCUUCGUCAGGUGAAGGUCCUGGAGGUGCCGGUUAUGGUGGUGACGGAUAUGGUGGACAAGGAGGAUCAGGAUCAGGCAGUGGAGCUGCAGCAGCAGCAGCGUCAGAUGGACGAGGAGGUGGAAGAUACGGCCCACAAGGUUCAAGUGGCUAUGGUCAAGGAGGAAGCGGAUCAGGAGGGGCAGGCGCAGCAGCUGCUGCAGCUUCGUCAGGUGAAGGUCCCGGAGGCACCGGUUAUGGUGGUGACGGAUAUGGUGGACAAGGAGGAUCAGGAUCAGGCAGUGGAGCUGCAGCAGCAGCAGCAGCGUCAGGUGGACGAGGAGGGGGUGGAAGAUACGGUCCACAAGGUUCAGGUGGCUAUGGUGAAGGAGGAAGCGGGUCAGGAGGGGCAGGAGCCGCAGCUGCUGCAGCUUCGUCAGGUGAAGGACCAGGAGGCGCUGGUUAUGGUGGUGACGGCUAUGGUGGACAAGGUGGAUCUGGACAAGGCAGUGCAGCUGCAGCAGCAGCAGCAGCGUCAGGUGGACGAGGUGGUGGAAGAUACGGUCCACAAGGUUCAGGUGGCUAUGGUCAAGGAGGAAGCGGAACAGGAGGGGCAGGCGCAGCAGCUGCUGCAGCUUCGUCAGGUGAAGGUCCUGGAGGCGCCGGUUAUGGUGGUGACGGAUAUGGUGGACAAGGAGGAUCAGGAUCAGGCAGUGGAGCUGCAGCAGCAGCAGCAGCGUCAGGUGGACGAGGAGGAGGUGGAAGAUACGGUCAACAAGGUGCAGGUGGCUAUGGUCAAGGACGAAGUGGAUCAGGAGGGGCAGGAGCCGCAGCUUCGUCAGGUGAAGGUCCUGGAGGCGCCGGUUAUGGUGGUGACGGCUCUGGUGGACAAGGAGGAUCAGGAUCAGGCAGUGGAGCUGCAGCAGCAGCAGCGUCAGAUGGACGAGGAGGUGGAAGAUACGGCCCACAAGGUUCAGGUGGCUAUGGUCAAGGAGGAAGCGGAUCAGGAGGGGCAGGCGCAGCAGCUGCUGCAGCUUCGUCAGGUGAAGGUCCCGGAGGCACCGGUUAUGGUGGUGACGGAUAUGGUGGACAAGGAGGAUCAGGAUCAGGCAGUGGAGCUGCAGCAGCAGCAGCAGCGUCAGGUGGACGAGGAGGAGGUGGAAGAUACGGUCCACAAGGUUCAGGUGGCUAUGGUGAAGGAGGAAGCGGAUCAGGAGGGGCAGGAGCCGCAGCUGCUGCAGCUUCGUCAGGUGAAGGACCAGGAGGCGCUGGUUAUGGUGGUGACGGCUAUGGUGGACAAGGAACAUCAGGACAAGGCAGUGCAGCUGCAGGAGCAGCAGCAGCGUCAGGUGGAAGAGGUGGUGGAAGAUACGGUCCACAAGGUUCAGAAGGCUAUGGUCAAGGAGGAAGCGGAUCAGGAGGGGCAGGCGCAGCAGCUGCUGCAGCUUCGUCAGGUGAAGGUGCUGCAGGCGCCGGUUAUGGUGGUGACGGAUAUGGUGGACAAGGAAGAUCAGGAUCAGGCAGUGGAGCUGCAGCAACAGCAGCAGCGUCAGGUGGACGAGGAGGAGGUGGAAGAUACGGUCCACAAGGUUCAGGUGGCUAUGGUGAAGGAGGAAGCGGAUCAGGAGGGGCAGGAGCCGCAGCUGCUGCAGCUUCGUCAGGUGAAGGACCAGGAGGCGCUGGUUAUGGUGGUGACGGCUAUGGUGGACAAGGAGGAUCUGGACAAGGCAGUGCAGCUGCAGCAGCAGCAGCAGCGUCAGGUGGACGAGGUGGUGGAAGAUACGGUCCACAAGGUUCCGGUGGCUAUGGUCAAGGAGGAAGCGGAACAGGAGUGGCAGGCGCAGCAGCUGCUGCAGCUUCGUCAGGUGAAGGUCCCGGAGGCGCCGGUAAUGGUGGUGACGGAUAUGGUGGACAAGGAGGAUCAGGAUCAGGCAGUGGAGCUGCAGCAGCAGCAGCAGCGUCAGGUGGACGAGGAGGAGGUGGAAGAUACGGUCCACAAGGUUCAGGUGGCUAUGGUGAAGGAGGAAGCGGAUCAGGAGGGGCAGGAGCCGCAGCUUCGUCAGGUGAAGGACCAGGAGGCGUUGGUUAUGGUGGUGACGGCUAUGGUGGACAAGGAGCAUCAGGACAAGGCAGUGCAGCUGCAGCAGCAGCAGCAGCGUCAGGUGGAAGAGGUGGUGGAAGAUACGGUCCACAAGGUUCAGGUGGCUAUGGUCAAGGAGGAAUGGGAUCAGGAAGGGCAGGCGCAGCAGCUGCUGCAGCUUCGUCAGGUGAAGGUGCGGGAGGCGCCGGUUAUGGUGGUGACGGAUAUGGUGAACAAGGAGGAUCAGGAUCAGGCAGUGGAGCUGCAGCAGCAGCAGCAGCGUCAGGUGGACGAGGAGGAGGUGGAAGAUACGGUCCACAAGGUUCAGGUGGCUAUGGUGAAGGAGGAAGCGGAUCAGGAGGGGCAGGAGCCGCAGCUGCUGCAGCUUCGUCAGGUGAAGGACCAGGAGGCGCUGGUUAUGGUGGUGACGGCUAUGGUGGACAAGGAGGAUUAGGACAAGGCAGUGCAGCUGCAGCAGCAGCAGCAGCGUCAGGUGGACGAGGUGGUGGAAGAUACGGUCCACAAGGUUCAGGUGGCUAUGGUCAAGGAGGAAGCGGAUCAGGAGGGGCAGGCGCAGCAGCUGCUGCAGCUUCGUCAGGUGAAGGUGCUGGAGGCGCUGGUUAUGGUGGUGACGGAUAUGGUGGACAAGGAGGAUCAGGAUCAGGCAGUGGAGCUGCAGCAGCAGCAUCAGGUGGGCAAGGAGGCGGCGGCAAAUACGGUCAACAAGGUGCAGGUAGCUAUGGUCAAGGAAGAAGCGGAUCAGGUGGGGCAGGAGCCGCAGCUGCUGCAGCUUCGUCAGGUGAAGGUCCGGGAGGCGCUGGUUAUGGUGGUGACGGCUAUGGUGGACAAGGAGGAUCAGGACCAGGCAGUGCAGCUGCAGCAGCAGCAGCGUCAGGUGGACGAGGAGGAGGUGGAAGAUACGGUCCACAAGGUUCAAGUGGCUAUGGUCAAGGAGGAAGCGGAUCAUUAGGGGCAGGCGCAGCAGCUGCUGCAGCUUCGUCAGGUGAAGGUCCCGGAGGCGCCGGUUAUGGUGGUGACGGAUAUGGUGGACAAGGAGGAUCAGGAUCAGGCGGUGGAGCUGCAGCAGCAGCAGCAGCGUUAGGUGGACGAGGAGGAGAUGGAAGAUAUGGUCAACAAGGUGCAGGUGUCUAUGGUCAAGGACGUAAUGGAUCAGGAGGGGCAGGAGCCGCAGCUUCGUCAGGUGAAGGUCCGGGAGGCGCUGGUUAUGGUGGUGACGGCUCUGGUGGACAAGGAGGAUCAGGACAAGGCAGUGCAGCUGCAGCAGCAGCAGCAGCGUCAGGUGGACGAGGAGGUGGAAGAUACGGUCCACAAGGUUCAGGUGGCUAUGGUCAAGGAGGAAGCGGAUCAGGAGGGGCAGGCGCAGCAGCUGCUGCAGCUUCGUCAGGUGAAGGUCCCGGAGGCGCCGGUUAUGGUGGUGACGGAUAUGGUGGACAAGGAGGAUCAGGAUCAGGCAGUGCAGCUGCAGCAUCAGGUGGACGAGGAGGAGGAGGAAGAUACGGUCCACAAGGUUCAGGUGGGUAUGGUCAGGGAGGAAAUGGAUCAGGUGGGGCAGGAGCCGCAGCUGCUGCAGCUUCAUCAGGUGAAGGACCAGGAGGCGCCGGCUAUGAUGGACAAGGAGGUUCAGGACCAGGCGGAGCAGCUGCAGCAGCAGCAGCAUCAGGUGCACAAGGAGGCGGCGGCAGAUACGGUCAACAAGGUGCAGGUAGCUAUGGUCAAGGAGGAAGCGGAGCAGGUGGAGCAGGAGCAGACGCAGCAUCAGCUGGAAGCGCCGGAUACGGUCCACAAGGUGCAGGUGGCUAUGGACAAGGAGGAAGCGGUUCAGGUGGUAAUGGAGCUGCGGCUGUGGCAGCGUCGUCAACUGCAGCUUCAGUUGCUUCCCGUUUGUCAUCUCCCGACGCAAUAUCAAGAGUUUCUUCUGCUGUUUCUGUCUUUUUAGAUGAUGAUUUAGAUUAUCCUGCAGCUUUUUCAAAUGCAUUUGACAAUGUUGUGUCUGGUAUAACGUCAUCCAAUUCCGAUAUUUCUGGAUGUGAACUCCUUGUUCAAUCGUUAAUGGAAGUUCUUUCCGCCGUAUUGGGUACAGCGUAUGGAUUAAAUGCUAACUCAUCCGUGGAUAUUGUUAGAAGUGUUGUCAAUAGAUUUGAUUACCAAUGCGUCGGAAAAAUCAAUCAGUCGAGAAGAUCCAAAACUACAAUGGCUUGGAUAGCUCGACUUCCGCUGUUAGUUCUGGUUGCGCUCUGCACGCAGAGUAUGAUAGUUCACGGUCAAGACAGCCACCCAUGGAAAGAUACGAGAACGACAGAGUCAUUCAUGGAAAAUUUUGUUGAGUGCUUUAGACAGUCAAGCUACUUUAAUAGCGAAGACAUAGAAAGCAUUAAGGAUCUUGCUGAAACUAUGAUCCAGUCAUUAAAUGAAAUGCAAGCAAAAGGAAAAACAUCACACCAAGUGCUACAAGCUCUGAACAUGGGUUUUGCGGCAGGAGUGGCAGAAUUAGUGAAUUCAGAUGGCACUAACCUUCAAGAAAAACGAAAUGCCAUUAGGGAAGCUAUGAAGAAAUCACAGUUACAAGCGACAGGCGUAGUUAAUGAGAGUUUUAUGAAUGAAAUGGAUAAAUUAAUGCAAAUGUUUUCUCAGAUAAACGCAUUGAAUGAAGAUUCAGGAGGAAACGGCGCUGGAGUAGUGUCAUAUGCGUCCUCAGCAAGUGCAUCAAACGCUCAGGGAAUAGGACAAAACUUCGGAUACCAGGGACAAGGAUCGUCAUCGGUAUCCGUUUCUUCCACAUCAGCAGGAGGAUUGCCACAAGGACCAGUUGGUUCAGGUUCAUACGAAUAUUCCGUUAGUAUAAACAGUCUCAAUGGCUCACCAAAUGCAUAUGGAGGACAAUAUGUAAGUGGAGUAGGAGUAGGACAAGGAGGUUUAGGAACAGGUGGUGCCGGGGGAGCUGCCGUAGCAACUGCAUCAGGUGGAGCCAGCGGCAACGGAUAUGGUAAUGGAUACGGUGGUAUAGGAGGCGGUAGAUACGGUCCACAAGGUACAGGUGGCUAUGGUGAAGGAGGAAGCGGAUUAGGAGGAGCAGGAACCGCAGCUGCUGCAGCUUCAUCAGGUGAAGGCCCAGGAGGUGCCGGUUAUGGUGCUGACGGGUAUGGUGGACAAGGAGGUUCAGGACCAAGUGGAGCAGCUGCAGCAGCAGCAGCAUCAGGUGGACGAGGAGGAGGAGGAAGAUACGGUCCACUAGGUGCAGGUGGCUAUGGUCAAGGAACUGGAGCAGGAGGAGCAGGAGCCGCAGCGGCAGCAGCUUCGUCAGGUGAAGGUCCAGGAGCCGCCGGUUACGGUGGACAAGGAGGAUCAGGACCAGGCAGUGCAGCUGCUGAAGCAGCAUCAGGUGGACGAGGAAGAGGUGGCAGAUACGGUCCACUAGGUGCAGGUGAUUAUGGUCAAGGAGGAAGCGGAUUAGGAGGAGCAGGCGCCGCAGCUGCUGCAGCUCCGUCAGGUGAAGGCCCCGGAGGCGCCGGUUAUGGUGGUGACGGAUAUGGUGGACAAGGAGGAUCAGGAUCAGGCAGUGCAGCUGCAGCAGCAGCAGCAUCAGGUGGACGAGGAGGAGGAGGAAGAUACGGUCCACAAGGUUCAGGUGGCUAUGGUCAGGGAGGAAAUGGAUCAGGAGGGGCAGGAGCCGCAGCUGCUGCAGCUUCGUCAGGUACAGGACCAGGAGGCGCCGGCUACGGUGGACAAGGAGGUUCAGAACCAGGCGGAGCAGCUGCAGCAGCAGCAGCAUCAGGUGGACAAGGAGGCGGCGGAAGAUACAGUCAACAAGGUGCAGGUAGCUAUGGUCAAGGACGAAGUGGAUUAGGAGGAGCAGGCGCCGCAGCUGCUGCAGCUUCAUCAGGUGAAGGUCCAGGAGGUGCCGGUUAUGGUGGUGACGGAUAUGGUGGACAAGGAGGGUCUGGCCCAGGCAGUGCAGCUGCUGCUGCUGCAGCAUCAGGUGGACGAGGAGGAGGCGGGAGAUACGGCCCACUAGGUGAAGGUGGCUAUGGUCAAGGAGGAAGCGGUUUAGGCGGAUCACGUGCAGCAGCUGCUGCAGCUUCGUCAGAUAAUGGUCCAGGAGGUGCCGGUUAUGGUGGUAACGGAUAUGGUGGACAAGGAGGCAGUGCAGCUGCUGCAGCAGCAUCAGGUGGAGGAGGAGGAGAUGGCAGAUACGGUCAACAAGGUGCAGGUAGCUAUGGUCAAGGAGGAAGGGGAUUAGGAGGUGCAGGAGCCGCAGCUGCAGCAGCUUCGUCAGGUGAAGGUCCAGGAGGUACCGGUUAUGGUGGUGACGGAUAUGGUGGACCAGGAGGGUCAGGACCAGGUGGAGCAGCUGCAGCAGCAGCAUCAGGUGGACGAGGUGGAAGUGGCAGAUACGGUCCACUAGGUGCAGGUGGCUAUGGUCAAGGAAGUGGAUCAGGAGGAGCAGGAGCCGCAGCGGCAGCAGCUUCGUCAGGUGAAGGUCCAGGAGCCGCCGGUUACGGUGGACAAGGAGGAUCAAGACCAGGCAGUGCAGCUGCUGCAGCAGCAUCAGGUGGACGAGGAGGAGGUGGCAGAUACGGUCCACUAGGUGCCGGUGAUUAUGGUCAAGGAGGAAGCGGAUUAGGAGGAGCAGGCGCCGCAGCUGCUGCAGCUUCGUCAGGUGAAGGCCCCGGAGGCGCCGGUUAUGGUGGUGACGGAUAUGGUGGACAAGGAGGAUCAGGAUCAGGCAGUGCAGCUGCAGCAGCAGCAGCAUCAGGUGGACGAGGAGGAGGAGGAAGAUACGGUCCACAAGGUUCAGGUGGCUAUGGUCAGGGAGGAAAUGGAUCAGGAGGGGCAGGAGCAGCAGCUGCUGCAGCUUCGUCAGGUUCAGGACCAGGAGGCGCCGGCUAUGGUGGACAAGGAGGUUCAGGACCAGGCGGAGCAGCUGCAGCAGCAGCAGCAUCAGGUGGACAAGGAGGCGGCGGCAGAUACAGUCAACAAGGUGCAGGUAGCUAUGGUCAAGGACGAAGCGGAUUAGGAGGAGCAGGCGCCGCAGCUGCUGCAGCUUCGUCAGGUGAAGGUCCAGGAGGUGCCGGUUAUGGUGGACAAGGAGGGUCUGGUCCAGGCAGUGCAGCUGCUGCUGCUGCAGCAUCAGGUGGACGAGGAGGAGGCGGAAGAUACGGCCCACUAGGUGAAGGUGGCUAUGGUCAAGGAGGAAGCGGUUUAGGCGGAUCAGGUACAGCAGCUGCUGCAGCUUCGUCAGAUAAUGGUCCAGGAGGGUCCAGUUAUGGUGGUAACGGAUAUGGUGGACAAGGAGGCAGUGCAGCUGCUGGAGCAGCAUCAGGUGGAGGAGGAGGAGAUGGCACAUACGGUCAACAAGGUGCAGGUAGCUAUGGUCAAGGAGGAAGCGGAUUAGGAGGUGCAGGAGCCGCAGCUGCAGCAGCUUCGUCAGGUGAAGGUCCAGGAGGUACCGGUUAUAGUGGUGACGGAUAUGGUGGACCAGGAGGGUCAGGACCAGGUGGAGCAGCUGCAGCAGCAGCAUCAGGUGGACGAGGUGGAAGUGGCAGAUACGGUCCACUAGGUGCAGGUGGCUAUGGUCAAGGAAGUGGAUCAGGAGGAGCAGGAGCCGCAGCGGCUGCAUCUUCAUCAGGUGAAGGUCCAGGAGGCGCCGGUUACGGUGGACAAGGAGGAUCAGGACCAGGCAGUGCAGCUGCUGCAGCAGCAUCAGGUGGGCGAGGAGGAGGUGGUAGAUACGGUCCACAAGGGGCAGGUGGCUAUGGGCAAGGAGGAAGUAGAUUAGGAGGUGCAGGAGCCGCAGCUGCAGCAGCUUCGUCAGGUGAAGGUCCAGGAGGUACCGGUUAUGGUGGUGACCGAUAUGGUGGACCAGGUGGAGCAGCUGCAUCAGGUGGAUGGGGAGGAGGUGGAAGAUACGGUCCACAAGGUGCAGGUGGCUAUGGUCCAGGAGGAGCAGGAGCCGCAGCUGCUGCAGCUUCAUCAGGUGAGGGUCCAGGAGGUACCAGUUAUGGUGGUGACGGACAUGGUGGACCAGGAGGAUCAGGACCAGGUAGUGCAGCUGCAGCAGCAGCAUCAGGUGGACGAGGAGGAGGCAGAGGAUACGGUCCACUAGGUGAAGGUGGCUACGGUCAAGGAAGUGGAUCAGGAGGAGCAGGAGCGGCAGCGGCUGCAGCUUCUUCAGGUGAAGGUCCAGGAGGUGCCGGUUAUGGCGAUGACGGAUACGGAGGACCAGGCGGGACAGGACCAGGCAGUGCAGCAGCUGCUGCAGCAUCAGGUGGACGAGGAGGAGGUGGAAGAUACGGUCCACAAGGAGCAGGUGGCUAUGGACAAGGAGGAGCAGGAGCAGCAGCUGCUGCAGCUUCAUCAGGUGAGGGUCCGGGAGGUACCGGUUAUGGUGGUGACGGAUAUGGUGGACCAGGAGGAUCAGGACCAGGCAGUGCAGCUGCAGCAUCAGGUGAAGGUGGUUAUGGUCAUGGAAGUGGAUCAGGGGGAGCAGGAGCCGCAGCGGCUGCAGCUUCGUCAGGUGCAGGUCCAGGAGGUGCCGGUUAUGGUGCUGACGGAUAUGGUGGACCAGGAGGGUCUGGUCCAGGCAGUGCAGCUGCUGCUGCUGCAGCAUCAGGUGGACGAGGAGGAGGCGGAAGAUACGGCAAACUAGGUGAAGGUGGCUAUGGUCAAGGAAGUGGAUCAGGAGGAGCAGGAGCCGCAGCGGCUGCAGCUUCCUCAGGUGAAGGUCCAGGAGGUGCCGGUUAUGGUGAUGACGGAUACGGUGGACCAGGCGGGUCAGGACCAGGCAGUGCAGCAGCUGCAGCAGCAUCAGGUGGACGAGGUAGAGGUGGAAGGUACGGUCCAGAAGGUGCUGAUGGCUAUGGUCAAGGAGGAGCAGGAGCCGCAGCUGCUGCAGCUUCAUCAGGUGAGGGUCCAGGAGGUACCGGUUAUGGUGGUGACGGAUAUGGUGGACCAGGAGGAUCAGGACCAGGUAGUGCAGCUGCAGCAGCAACAUCAGGUGGACGAGGAGGAGGCAGAAGAUACGGUCCACUAGGUGAAGGUGGUUAUGGUCAAGGAAGUGGAUCAGGAGGAGCAGGAGCCGCAGCGGCUGCAGCUUCUUCAGGUGAAGGUCCAGGAGGUGACGGUUAUGGUGAUGACGGAUACGGUGGACCAGGCGGGUCAGGACCAGGCAGUGCAGCAGCUGCUGCAGCAUCAGGUGGACGAGGACGAGGUGGAAGAUACGGUCCACAAGGUGCAGGUGGCUAUGGUCAAGGAGGAGCAGGAGCCGCAGCUGCUGCAGCUUCAUCAGGUGAGGGUCCAGGAGGUACCGGUUAUGGUGGUGACGGAUAUGGUGGACCAGGAGGAUCAGGACCAAGCAGUGCAGCUGCAGCAGCAGCAUCAGGUCUACGAGGAGGAGGCAGAAGAUACGGUCCACUAGGUGAAGGUGGUUAUAGUCAAGGAAGUGGAUCAGGAGCAGCAGGAGCCGCAGCGGCUGCAGCUUCGUCAGGUGCAGGUCCAGGAGGUGCCGGUUAUGGUGCUGACGGAUAUGGUGGAACAGGAGGGUCUGGUCCAGGCAGUGCAGCUGCUGCUGCUGCAGCAUCAGGUGGAGGAGGCGGAAGAUACGGCCCACUAGGUGAAGGUGGCUAUGGUCAAGGAAGUGGAUCAGGAGGGGCAGGAGCCGCAGCGGCUGCAGCUUCUUCAGGUGAAGGUCCAGGAGGUGACGGUUAUGGUGAUGACGGAUACGGUGGACCAGGCGGGUCAGGAACAGGCAGUGCAGCAGCUGCUGCAGCAUCAGGUGGACGAGGGAGAGGUGGAAGGUACGGUCCACAAGGUGCUGGUGGCUAUGGUCAAGGAGGAGCAGGAGCCGCAGCUGCUGCAGCUUCAUCAGGUGAGGGUCCAGGAGGUACCGGUUAUGGUGGUGACGGAUAUGGUGGACCAGGAGGAUCAGGACCAGGCAGUGCAGCUGCAGCAGCAGCAUCAGGUGGACGAGGAGGAGGCAGAUACGGUCAACAAGGUGCAGGUGGCUAUGAUCAAGGAGGAAGCGGAUUAGGCGGAGGUGGCGCCGCAGCUGCUGCAGCUUCGUCAGGUGAAGGUCCAGGAGGUGCUGGUUAUGGUGGUGACGGAUAUGGUGGACCAGGAGGUAAUGGAGCGGCGUCUGCUGCUGCGUCUUCAAAUGGAGGUCCAUCAGGUUUCGGUCCUGGUGGGAGAGGAGGAUCUGGGCUAAACGGAGCAGUAACCUCAGCAGCUUCAACCGGAGGAUUUGGAGGCCCCGGGGGAUUACGGGGUCCAAAGGAAAUUAUUAAAAAAAUUAUUGUACAUAGGCGACUUGGUUCUGCAUCUGACGCAGAAGCAUCAGUAAUUGAAGAAAAUGUAUAUGGUCCAGAAACAAUCGGUCGUUACGAUGAAGGAGAAGGUGGAGCAGGAGACGCAGCGGCUGCAGCUUCGUCAGGUGAAGGUCCAGGAGGUGCCGGUUAUGGUGCUGACGGAUACGGUGGACCAGGAGGGUCAGGACCAGGCAGUGCAGCUGCUGCUGCAGCAUCAGGUGGACGAGGAGGAGGUGGAAGAUACGGUCCACAAGGUGCAGGUGGCUAUGGUCAAGGAGGAGCAGGAGCCGCAGCUGCUGCAGCUUCAUCAGGUGAGGGUCCAGGAGGAACCGGUUCUGGUGGUGACGGAUAUGGUGGACCAGGAGGAUCAGGACCAGGCAGUGCAGCUGCUGCAGCAGCAUCAGGUGGACGAGGAGGAGGUGGCAGAUACGGUCCACAAGGUGCAGGUGAUUAUGGUCAAGGAGGAAACGGAUUAGGAGGAGCAGGCGCCGCAGCUGCUGCAGCUUCGUCAGGUGAAGGUCCAGGAGGUGCCGGUUAUGGUUAUGACGGAUAUGGUGGACAAGGAGGCAGUGCAGCUGCAGCAGCAGCAUCAGAUGGACGCGAAGGAAGUGGCAGAUACGGUCCACUAGGUGCAGGUGGCUAUGGUCAAGGAAGUGGAUCAGGAGGAGCAGGAGCCGCAGCGGCUGCAUCUUCAUCAGGUGAAGGUCCAGGAGGCGCCGGCUACGGUGGACAAGGAGGAUCAGGAUCAGGACCAGGCAGUGCAGCAGCAGCAGCAGCGUCAGGUGGACGAGGAGGAGGUGGAAGAUACGGUCCGCAAGGUUCAGGUGGCUAUGGACAAGGAGGAGCAGGAGCAGCAGCUGCUGCAGCUUCGUCAGGUGAAGGACCAGGAGGCGCCGGCUAUGGUGGACAAGGAGGUUCAGGACCAGGCGGAGCAGCUGUAGCAGCAGCAGCAUCAGGUGGACAAGGAGGCGGCGGCAGAUACGGUCAACAAGGUUCAGGUGGCUAUGGUCAAGGUGGAAGCGGAUCAGGAGGGGCAGGCGCAGCAGCUGCUGCAGCUUCGUCAGGUGAAGGUCUCGGAGGCGCCGGUUAUGGUGGUGACGGAUAUGGUGGACAAGGAGGAUCAGGACCAGGCAGUGCAGCUGCAGCAGCAGCGUCAGGUGGACAAGGAGGAGGUGGAAGAUACGGUCCACAAGGUUCAGGUGGCUAUGGUCAAGGUGGAAGCGGAUCAGGAGGGGCAGGCGCAGCAGCUGCUGCAGCUUCGUCAGGUGAAGGUCUCGGAGGCGCCAGUUAUGGUGGUGACGGAUAUGGUGGACAAGGAGGAUCAGGCAGUGCAGCUGCAGCAGCAGCAGCAUCAGGUGGACGAGGAGGACUAGGAAGAUACGGUCCACAAGGUUCAGGGGGCUAUGGUCAGGGAGGAAAUGGAUCAGGAGGGGCAGGAGCCGCAGCUGCUGCAGCUUCAUCAGGUGAAGGACCAGGGGGCGCCGGCUAUGAUAGACAAGGAGGUUCAGGACCAGGCGGAGCAGCUGCAGCAGCAGCAGCAUCAGGUGCACAAGGAGGCGGCGGCAGAUACGGUCAUCAAGGUGCAGGUAGCUAUGGUCAAGGAGGAAGCGGAGCAGGUGGAGCAGGAGCAGCAGCAUCAGCUGGAAGCGCCGGAUACGGUCCACAAGGUGCAGGUGGCUAUGGACAAGGAGAAAGCGGAUCAGGUGGUAAUGGAGCUGCGGCUGCGGCAGCGUCGUCAACUGCAGCUUCAGUUGCUUCCCGUCUGUCAUCUCCCGACGCAAUAUCAAGAGUUUCUUCUGCUGUUUCUGUCUUUUUAGAUGAUGAUUUAGAUUAUCCUGUAGCUUUUUCAAAUGCAUUUGACAAUGUUGUGUCUGGUAUAACGUUAUCCUAUUCCGAUAUUUCUGGAUGUGAACUGCUUAUUCAAUCAUUAAUGGAAGUCCUUUCCGCCGUAUUGGGUACAGCGUAUGGAUUAAAUGCUGACUCAUCCGUGGAUAUUGUUAGAAGUGUUGUUAAUAGAUUUGAUUAUUAAGUGAGAUAAAUUGAUAUAUUUUUCCUUUACAUUUUCUUUUAAUUCUUAUAACAAUUCUUGUAACAAUUAUGAAAUAAAAUUAAUCAUUGAUAUUUGAAUCUUCCAGUCUUUUCUUUUUACUUUAAUAAAACACAUUUGCAUUAUUA